UGGCGGGGAGGAGGAGGAGGAGAAGGCGGCGUACUCAGAUGCGCUCUGUCUGAACCGACUAAGGCCUCUUGAGGAGGUCGGUCCACGGGCAGAGAAGUUGACCAGGCAGUGGGUAUCAGUGCCUUCUGUGUGCUGACACCAUUCUGUGUCAUGUGGAUUCAGUGAGCAAGACUGGGGAGAUACCUGUUCUUAUGGAGCUUACAUUUUGGUGGAAGGAGACACACAGCACUCAGGGAAAUAAGCGAGAUCAUUUCAGAUAGUGUGCCGUGGUGGAAAGAUGGAGGAGUAUGAAGAGUUUUGUGAGAAAGCUCUCGCCCGAGUUCAGGAAGCAGCACUGUCCACAGAAAGUUUCCUGCCUGCCCAGGCAGAAAGCGUCUCCCUCAUCCGCUUCCAUGGGGUGGCUGUACUUUCUCCGCUGCUUACCAUUGAGAAGAGAAAGGAAAUUCAGCAGGAAAAGCAGAAAGCGCUUGAUGUACAAACAAGAAAGCAGGCCAAUAGGAAGAAAGCCUUACUGACUCGCGUCCAGGAGAUUCUUGAAAAUGUUCAGGUUAGAAAAGCACCGAUUGCCAGUGAUUUUGAUGAGUGGGCGACAGAAACCAUUUACUCUAAUCCAGAAGUGAGAGAUGUGAAUGUUCCUCCUGCAGUUCCAAACAGUCCGCAGAGCCCCACUGAGCACUGUGCUUUAGUCAAGCUUGAAGAGGGAACUGUUCUUCUGCCUGUGGGUUCUCAGGACCAACAUAAGCCUAGUAGGAUGAGCCUGCCUGGAGACUCAGAAGGCUCUGGCUCUUUGAAGCGAUGUGAGAGUCCAGACAGCAGGCAGGCAGAAAACGGAGCUGCUCCAAGGCCCUCUCCAGCAAGCUCACAGGAAACAAUCAUUUCAGAUAGUCCCAUCUUAGCAAAGGAAGGACAGGAUCCGUCAUGCUUGGCUGAAGUCACUCCAGAUCCCUACCUAAUGAGCCUUCAGAAUCUAAUGAAGAAGUCAAAGGAAUACGUGGAAAGAGAACAAUGUAGCCAGAGCCUGAGAAGUAGUUCAAAGAGAAGUAUUACUGAAAGUCAUUCAGACAAAGAAAACGAUGCUGCUAAGGCUAGUGACUGUGUGAAGGAGAAGGCCCCAAACAUGCCCAUAGGCAGGCACUGUGGCUCCGCCAUCCCUGACAAACCAAGCCUUAAUAAGUCAAACGUUCUCCUCCAAGGUGCUUCUCAAGCAAGCAGCACGGGCACGUCAGUUGUCGCUAACUUUUCUAAACCAGACCUACCUGUAGGAACUGACCCUCCAGAUGCUGAGUCAGAUUUUAAAGUCUGUCCCUCCUUUGCUACUGAAAAUAAAGUUAUCAAAAGUCUUACAGGUCCCUUUGCCAAAUUACCUAGUCCAGAGCCAAGUAUGAGUCCUACAGUACAUCGAAGGCGGUCCAGGCCAUCAUCAGCUUGUCAGAUCCUUAUAAACAACCCAGUUAAUGCAUAUGAGCUAAGCCCAAAGGGAAAAGAAGAGGCAGUGGAUAGAAUCACUCCAGCUGCUGCUGAAACAAGUGAAUCUGAAAUUGUACCAAAGUCACCGACUGAUUUAAUGGGAGUUUGUUCAAGCAAGACUUCUGCUACCAAAAUUGUGUCUGACACUGCAAGAGAUAUGGUUGUGGGUAAGCUAAGUCAGGUGCAUCAGGCUUUAGGAACUCAGUCAGACAGUAAAGUCACUGUUGAGCAUGCUGCUGUGGAAGGUCCCUUCACACCUGAUGAGAGGGGAGUCCAGAGAGUGGACAGUACUUGUAUGGGCAUGCCCAGGUUGCAUGAACUACAUGCCACCAGUCAGUGUGUAGCAAGUCAAACCUUGGAAGACGUGUGUGUGCUCAAGUCAGCCAGUAUGUUAACAAAAAACUCCUGCAAUCCACAGAUGGAACUGAACAAGUCUUACGAUGUGAAAAACCCAUCUCCCUUACUCAUGCAAACCCAGAAUUCCAGACAGCAGUUGGACACACCGCCACUGCCCUGUGGAAAUGAACAGCUUUUGGAUAACAGUUUGGAAAAAGUUAAGCGGAGGCUUGAUUUAGAUAUUGAUAGUUUGCAAAAAGAAAAUUGUCCUUACGUUGUAACCGCUGGAGCAGCUGAUCAGGAGAGGGAACAUCUGCCAGCAAGAAGAUCCCCUAAGGGGCCCAUCUACAUUAACAAGAAUAAGAUGCUAGGAACUAGCCCCAAAGAAGGCCAGGAGAUACUAAAAAGCAAGAUGUUGGCUUUUGAAGAAAUGCGCAAGAGACUGGAGGUGCAGCAUGCUCAGCAGCUAUCUCUCCUCAUAGCUGAGCAGGAGAGGGAGCAGGAGCGGCUGCAAAAGGAAAUAGAAGAACAGGAGAAGAUGCUGAAAGAGAAGGCAGUUACAGCGGAUGCCUCUGACUUCAACAGUGCGCUGGAGCUGGAGUGGAGAAAAAGAAGCGAUUCUUCUUUGCUGGAAACAAUGCUAUCCCAAGUGGACUCACUCCAGACUUCAAACAGCUGUGGUGUCACAAAUUCUGCCCUACAAUAUAGCUUUGCCUCUGCAAGUGAAGCACCGUUCUACCUCUGGGGAUCACUGACCAGUGGCGUGACCAAACUCUCAGUAACAAGGCCUUUUGGAAGGGCCCAAGCUAAAUGGUCUCAGGUUUUUAGUCCAGAACUACAAGCAAAAUUUAACAAAAUAACUGCUGUGGCAAAAGGAUUUCUUACUCGUAAGCUUAUGCAAACAGAUAAGCUAAAGCAGCUUCGACAAACUGUAAAGGACACUAUGGAAUUCAUACAAAGCUUUCAGUCAGAAGCCCCGCUGAAGAGAGGCGUUGUCUCAGCCCAAGAUGCUUCACUUCAGGAGCGCGUGCUAGCUCAGUUGCGAGCUGCCCUGUAUGGUAUUCAUGACAUCUUUUUCGUCAUGGAUGCAGCUGAGAGAAUGUCAAUCCUUCAUCAUGAUCGAGAAGCCCGCAAAGAGAAACUUCUCCGGCAAAUGGACAAAAUGAAAAGUCCACGAGUCGCGCUUUCAGUGGCAACACAGAAGUCUCUCGACAGGAAGAAGUUCAUGAAAGUUGCUGAAAUGGGAAUGCCAAAUAAGAAGUUCCUACUUAAGCAAAACCCUUCAGAAACAAGAGUCCUUCAGCCAAACCAAGGACAGAAUGCACCUGUUCAUAGGCUACUUAGUAGACAAGGAACCCCUAAGACAUCAGUGAAGGGGGUUGUGCAAAAUAGACAGAAGCCUUCACAGAGCAGAGGGCCUAACCGAGCGCCUGUAUCAGGAGCAUAUGCAGGAAAAAUCCAAAGAAAGCGGCCAAAUGUUGCGACAAUUUAAGAAGACAGCAUUCGCUGGGAUGAAGCAGGGAAGGAGGGUGUCCUGUUAACCCACAUUCCAUUUCCUGGCCAGGGCUUCUCACUUCGCCCUGGACUGUGUAUGCAGGCAAAGGGACAGCAAGGGCUGAGCAUUUGUGUGUUAGUUUGGAAAAGUCCUGCCUCAUUUUCCUACUAAUGUUAGUUUGGGUGAAAAUGAUUAGCAUUUAGUAAUUGCCUCGUCUCUGAGCUUUUCCUGUAUAAAUAUACUAUAUGUGCCCAGAGGUCUACAAUCACCCUUUUUUAUAAACAUAAAAAAAUAUUUGGACCUAUUUUUACAAAGUAUUGAAAAGAUAUCACCAAUUGUAAAUUAGCCCUAAAACCUAAAUUUCAUUCAUGACUAUAUACUGAUUGCUGAAUUUGAUAAACAAUUAGAAACUGUUCUGUUCAAAAGGAAAUUAUUGCAGAAAUAUGUUUUCUAAUUUUAAACACUCAGAAAUUCCAUACCCUUUUGACUUGCAGUAUAGUUAUAUAGGAUGAAACACUUGCCUUGCUAUAUCCCAAAUAAUUAGUGACUGGGAGUCCUAGUUUUGGGUAGAAGACCAAGUUCCUGUGGACAAUUGGUUGUUUUACAGAAAUGUUAGGUUUUAUGUAUGUUACUAUUAGGUAUAGGAAGACCAGAUUACAAGCACUUUCUUGGAAGGUGGCAAGUUUAGAGAAGACAGCACAAUUUCUAUGAAUAUAGCACCUGGGAAUGCACUGUGAAAAUGGGGGGGGCACCAGAGCGCAUGCAGCUAAUUCUAUUUAGUCUGUAUAGUUUAUUUCCUCAUAGUUGUCUUUUUUAGCAUGCUUUAAUUAGGAGAGAAUAAAGGGCUAUUUAAUAAAUAUGGAUUUCAGAUAGCAUAGAAAUACUGUCUAGUUUAAAAUCUGCAGUAUAGGUACUGAGAUUUAUGGCUUUCAUGACUAACAUAUUCAUUAAAUGCAUCAACCAACAAUGUACCAACAAAACAUGAUUUUAUGAAAGAGAAUGUCACUUAUGUAAUUCCAAAAAGGGCUUUGUGGGUUCUCAUUUAACAUUGGGGUUGUGUAUAUUUGAUCCUUAUAACUUGAAUUUUAAAGACAGUAGUAUUUUGAAGAUGCAGCCUAUAUAUUCUUAAUCACCUUUUUAAGAAUAUGGGGAGAUUGUUUUUCUGAUCUUCUGAGAUAUGACUUUUAUACCCAGCCGCAGUUGCAAAAUAAUAACCCUCUCUGGGUAUAAACUUGAUUUUCUUUAUUCAGACUUACCAUUUAUUGAAUUAAAAAAAGAAGACAGUCAAAAAAGUCCAGGUUACACAUUUUUUUUACUUGUAUGAAAGGUAUACCAUGGUAUUACCUUUCAAAUACCCAAACACUCAGGACACCACUUGCUUGUAUCAUUGUGGGCUCUUCAGUAAGGAAGAGGAGCUUAAAGUUUGUGUAUAUUAAUAUGAAUUAGCUAAAGUAAACUGUGUUUUGGAAAGUUACAACUACUUUUAGAUUAAGGCUGAGAAACUGGAGUGUGUUUUUAAUUUCAAGGUAAAAGUUUGUGUGUUUUCCAUUUGAAUGUUCAGUUUUCUCUUCAGAAAAGUGCCAGACACUGUUUUGUGCUUUUGAAGAAGUUUUAUUUAUAUGCUUUAUUUUUUAUUGUUGUUUUUACUUUACUGGAAUGUGUGUUAAUGUGACUUAUUUAUUUUUAUACUUUGAUUUUCACUAGUUUUGCUUCUAGGUAAAAAGCUAAAUAAACCUUUCAUCCUA